AUGCCUAUACCAGACCGCAGAACAAGUGGAAAAGAAGGUAACUUUAUUCUAAUACUGGUAAAUUGUACCCUCAAUCCUAAAGAAAGACGUAAUUCACCUAUAGAAAGUCCCCAUACUCAGUGCUGCAAAGAUGGGAAGUCGCUCCAGGUAGUUCAAGUUUAGAAAUAUAAUCUUGAAAGGCGCUUUUCGUUUGAGAAAAAAAGGCAGGUUCGAUAUUACGUGUUUAAAUUGGACAACAACGAUAAAGUGAAGACAUUUUCCUUUGCAUUAUAAUUUUUCAUCGCAAAUACCAUCUCGAAAACCAGAAUGAUUACCUGAAUCAUUUGACUUGUUUUUAUACGAGUUAAUUGUGCUCUUUUACAGGAGGAACUUUUACUCUUUCGAAACCACUCUAUUGAACAAGUCAACUAAUUUUCACGGUUCCUCGGCAAUUUAAAAAAAAAAGACAUUUUGGCUUUACAUAAAGCGUCCAUUUGAAAGCAUUGAUCUGAAUUAUGCAGAAAUUUAAGACAGGGAUUGCAUAUUAAUUGAUUUGCUAGCACGUAGCGUCUAUAUCAGAUUCUGAUUAUGUCUCGGAAUGCGUGUCUGUCAACUGAAGUCUAUUGAACUCAACUUAAUCUAACGCCCAAAUGGAGAAUAUCCAAUUGCAAAUAAAAUAGUACCUUAACUCGGAAAGAAAACACACUAAAAGCACUUAACGAGUAACAAAGGCGUGGUCAACAAAGGAAAAAAAAGGUCGUGUGUGCACCAAGUAAUAUUUUGCAUUCCAUGAGAUACAUCGAAAGACUCGUCUGUUUCAGUAUUUUGCUCAGAUGCAUUCAAACAAACAUCUCCAAUGAACAGGCAAGGGCCAAUUCGAGGAAACACGACACGAUCACGAUGUCUCAGCAAAUUUUUUACUAUUAACUUACCAAAAAAAUAAAUUCCCACAAAGAGCGAAAAAAUAAUAGUUACAAUAUAGAAAAACUACCUAAAGGCGACUGCAAAAUGAAAUUAAAGAAAACGAUGGAAACAAAGCCGCUUACCAAAUGCUGAGGAUAAGAAGGGUUGGUGGUUAGGAAAACUGAGAAAAAAAAUCUACUGCCACGAGUGCUGUUACACUGAUAGACACGUAAAAACUCUGGUAAAAAAGGUGCGAGAUAGCAUGAUUUGUAGUGAUAUUUGGCAUAAAUACCACGAGUGAUAUUUCAAAAUUGUUAUACGUAAUUUCACGAGCCGUUAGGCGAGUUAAAUUUGAGGCAAUUUUGAAAUAUCACGAGUGGUACUUUAUCAUGUACAAAUCCUGCUAUUAUUUGUUUAUACCACUACCCGCCGAAGGUUUGUAAUUUUCACAUGUAGGUAUUUCAAAUUAAGCUGAAAUAUCACUGCUCUAAGCCAAUCAAAUUGCAGAAAUUUCUCCAGUAGUAUAACAAACUGUAACCGAAUUUACAUACGGGACGUAACGAAGGAGCGUAAUUAACAAAAUAAAGGGGAGCGAAAAGAAAAAGAAUACACGAUAACAAGUAAGUGUAAGAAAACGAAAACAAAAGGAAAAAAUUUGCCCCAACAGCCAAGUAUAGAUUUAAACAGGUGACUGCUUGAGAUUCAGUUUACAGGAUACACGUUCGGAGAAAAAUGAAACAUUUUUGAGUAGAUGGUGGGUAAAACAGUCACUGACGAGAAUUCUUGCUUUUCUUCUAGCAAAAAAUGCCGCGAAAGAUGUAUUCAGUGGUGAUAAAGGCGAAGAAGGUAAGGAUAACAAAGCAACAGUGGUUUUUUUAUCCACUCAUGGUUAACCUGCGGCUAAGACAGAUCGCUUUUUUUGUUAUUGUUGCAGUUGUUUACUUGAUUGCAAAUCAGGUUUAAAUUUCGUCGAAGCUUAAAAGUGUCACCAAAACGGAUAAACCCAAACCGUUUGCGUAUUCUGAAACAUAAUAAGAAAAUGUUGAAACCUGGUUUUUCAUUGUCAACAGGCUGGCCAGUGAAAGUGUCUAAAAAGACAAAAAAAAACUUAGUGUAUCCAUCUUCAAUAUUUUGCAAGAAAAGGGAUUUACAGAAGACAAAGCGCUGUACGUAACUGCAAACCGUAACUGUACCCAGUGAAACUGUAUAAUUGAAUUUGUUAACUCUCGUCCGUAGGGGCCUUCCAAAAAGCUGGAAAGUUCGUCUUGUCCUCAAAACUUUGGGAACACUCCACUCCUUCCAAAACCACACUGCAAGAGUAUUGUAAAGGUUUCCCUUGGCUUCUGAUGUGGCAUUACACCAACGACAGCUCCGAAGCUCGAGCACAGGGCCUACAUCUGCAGGUACACGCUGUUUACCGCGUAAGUGGUCAGAUGCCCUUCUAUCUCACUUCAUCCUUUGAGGUAACAUACAUAAGAGCCGAUGUUUAAACCCCCCCACCCCUCCCCCCCAGUUACACAAUUACAACAACAACACAUUUAUUGACCCCUUAUACAUAAGUAAGAUGAAAUUCACAUCCAAUAGAAACUAAAGCUAAAAUGGGUGUUGGCUUCCUAAAAUCUAACUAACCUUCGUAAUUCUAUUUCUCUCCACCGAGCUUUUCGAGGUUUUGCGAUACAUUUAUUUUCUAGUACCUGAGUUUCAAAGCUCAACAUGCACGAUACCUACAUGAGCCUAGAGUUAGGCUGCCCCAUACGUAGGAUCAAACAAAAACUAAUGGUAACCGGAGCAUAAUUGACAAGAAAGAGGAGAGAAACAAACGAAACGAAAGAAGGCCAGAAGCGUCUCCGCGACUGGGCUCAAACUCCAUGCGUAUCCCGGCCGCAUAGUUCCUCUGUAAAUUUUUAUGGUUCGGAAAUUCGGCAUGGGAUUUUUUGGGGUUUUGUUUGAAGCUCUAGGGAUUUUCUGGGUUUUUGCCCCUAUUCGUUCAUUCCUGUCACUUGAAAUCUGGAGUACCCCCUCCCCCCUCCUUCCCUGGGCAUUACAAUCAACUCCCUUUAAAACGGAUACCUAGGACCGGCACUAAGUGUCCGUCUUAGAGAGAUGUCCGACCUAUAGAGAGUUAAUAAAGGGAGUAAAGAAAGGCAGGGACCAUUGAGGGAGGUGUCCAUUUUACUGAGGUAUGGAGUCGACUGUACUCCAUUCCGUUUGAUACCGUCACCCCAGGGAGUGCCCAAAAGCACUGUUGGAGCUUUCUUUUGAAAGGUCACCCCUCCAGUGAAGGGGUUUAUUCAGUACUUUCAAAUCUUGAACAACAAACGACGACAGCAUUUGAGGAAUACCGACAUGAAUUACGAAUGAAGUAGUUUUGAACUUAGGCUUAAGCUGGAACCUGUUUAUUUCAGGUGUUUUUGCAACAAGCGGAGAAAUUGGGGUUGAAGAAGAAACUUCGCACUGGAGGAAUAACAGAGUUUAAAUACGAAGAAAGGAUGACAUAUGAAGGUAGUGACGAUCCCACAGCAUUCUUCACGUCGGGUGAAAGACAGAGCAUGAUUCUUGAGAUGGUGAAUGAUCUAAGGGCGGUCCAGGGAGAUGAGUUGGGCAAGAUCAAAUUUGUGGAGGGACAGCAGAUUGGUAAGAAGACAAUCGUGGACAGUUGCUGCGAAAUAUGAACAUACACUUUUUUCAUGUAGUAGUUUUUGAGCAAAAUUGUGACACCAGGAGGCUUCCGAGUUUUUCAAAAGGUGGAUAACGCUAUCCAGUGGAUAGCCCAACUUGGUUUGCCUAAUACUUAUUCGCAAGUGAGUGAUUUAAUUGUUGGAUAUGGUGUUAUUCAGCGUUUGAGCAAUUAGAGCCAGGAGGGAAUCGAGUAAGAUCAAGUCUACCGUGCAUUUUGGAAAAAGUCCUCUGGAAAUCACAAACAACUUAACUGGACUGGAGCCAUAAAUAAGUCUAUCAUCUAUAUUUUGACUAACUAUAUAAACUGUAUUAAGAUCAACAAAAAUUCGAGUUGAAAAUGUGAGGACUAAUGUCCUAAUGUCCUAAUUAGUAAAAUUGUUUAAUCACGAACUGGAUAAUAAUGAUAAUGAAAAUGAUAACGAUAAUGAUGAUGAUGUGAUAUUGAUGAUAAUGAUGGUGAUGAUGAUGAUGAUGAUAAAAUAAACGUCUGAAGAGUGAUUUCGUUAUUUGAAUUUUCAGUGCCCAAACUGUUAUCUGAAGGUGUGGUGGAAAAAAUGUUUCCUCUUCAUAACCACGAUGACCUAGCCAAAUUGAGGAAGAACUGGGUGUCGGCGUUUUUCAAGAAGCAACCACUAGGUGAUUUUAAGAGAUUUGUGUUCAUAAAGACCACUUAAGGUGCUCAAAUGAUCGAAAUUUGUCAAUAAAACGCAGCCGGAAGUGAAGUUAAUGCUCAUGAUACACAGCUUCGGAGUCAGAGACUUAAAAAAAUGCUGUUUUAGUUUCCUUAAUAGGUUAUGCAAGAUAAAUAGACGUCUAAUUAUAAUGAUAUUGAUAAUAAUAAUAACGAUAAAUUGAUACAUUUAUAUGUCAAACGAAGCAAAUUUAUUUUUAUUUUCAGACGAAAUAUGCCAAUAUUUUGGUGUAAAAAUCGCCAUGUAUUUUGCCUGGCUGGGAAUGUACACAAAAUGGCUGGUUGCUCCAGCAAUCCUCGGUAUCAUUACGUUCUUCUUGUCCAACAGAGGCGAGGCAACGCGCGACUGGUGCAUCUUCUUUUUUAAUAUCUUCAACAUCGUGUGGGCCACUCUAUUCUUAGAGGCCUGGAAACGAAAAAGCGCUGAGCUAGCCUACAAAUGGGGCACAAUGGAUAUGCCAUCAGAUGCCUUGAAGGAACCAAGGCCUCUCUUUAGGGUGAGUUCUUUAACCUCUUAAGCCCUGAUAUCAAAAUUUAAAUUCUCAAUUGUUGUCUUUAUACCCUUCCUAUAGAAGUAGUGAGGAAAAGUGUUUAAGUGUUAAUUAAAUUCAUCUUGAUUCCUUAAUUCUUGUGACCAAAAUGUUUUAUGAAGCAUAGAUAUUUCAAAGAGAACUAAGAUGCUGAUCACUCUUCAGGCUUAAAAGGCUUAAAUAGGGUAUUUUCAAAUCACUAGUAAAUAGACGAAAUGAAAGGAUGGUCCAAAAAAGAAUGAGUUGUGAAUUUCCCGCACUACAGCAGACUGUCUUUAUUGUGACAGCGUGUUCUUUUAUACUUCAUCAAAAGCAGUGUAACGGUUAAAAAGAAAAUGUAUGACAGCCAGAAAUUUAAAAAUGGCAUUUAAAAUGGAGAGGAAAAGUUUACCAAUGAAAGCACAAGGGUUCAGCACGGGAAACACCCUAUAUCCUAAAACGAUUCACAACGAAAACGACUGUCCCAUCGCACAACGUAUACACUUGUGCUCCUUAUAAUGCGAUCCUAGAUUAAAGCUCAACGCAUUUCUUUUAAUUUGAGAAAUCAGACUUUUCACUAGUGCUUUCUGUUGUACUUCCCUUCAGUAUAUUCCAAGAUAAAAGUCUCCUUUAAAAUGUAAAGUUUAUCUUUUGUAUGCAUAAGGUAGUGUGAAGUUUUGAUAAGUUUAAUGUGUGCUCUGACUGAAAAGUUACCUGAAUAAUAAUAAUAAUAUAAAUAAUAACAAUAAUUAUCAUUGGAUGCAACUUUUCUUCCUUUUCAUUGGCCGAAAGCCCACCACGUGACCUGCAAAUAACUGCCUACAAAUAAUGGUCUGCUCAUGCGCUUACAACAGGUUGACACAAACCGACUUUUAUUAUAAGACGAGUACGCAUUUGCUUUGGUCAGCACUAGCAAGAACGCACUUUUUUCCGUCUAGCGAAGCGAAGGGCUUCUAUAAGUAAUUUUUUGUUUGAAGGUGGUCGAAUGAUAAAACAAUUAUUGAACUCGGUUAUCGCAAAAUAUGAUGAUUUGCCAGUGUCUCGCACGUAAAUUAUUUGUCUCAGCUUUCGGCUUGGGCAAAUAAUUGAUCUGCUCGCCUCUGACAACCUCAAUAACUGUUAACUAUUAUUAUUAUUAUUAUUAUUAUUAUUAUUAUUAUUAUUAUUAUUAUUAUUAUUAUUAUAACUAUUAUUAUUAUUAUUAUUAUUAUUAUUAUUAUCAUUACUAUUAUUAUUAUUAUUAUUAUAGGGUGAUUAUCAACCGAGUGAAAUAACUGGACGAAUCGAGGCACACUAUCCAUCAUGGAAAAGAAACAUCUUUCGCUACUGUGUGUCGCUGCCUGUCAUUUUGGCCUCCCUUGGCGUGGUGUGUCUUAGCAUGCUGUUAUGUUUUGAGUUUCAACGUUGGGUGGAUGGUAUGGAAAACCCACCCAAGCCACUCAAGUUUGCUCCAAAGGUCGCCCUUGCCGUGUGCAUUGGAUUGUUGGACGACAAUUAUAAGAAAGUGGCUUAUUAUUUGAACGACAAAGGUUGGGCAUUUCUGUGAUUUUUAUCUGAGUUUCGAAGAUUAAUCUUGCUUUGUCACGAUUUUUAGUGCUACGCGUGUCGAAAAAAAAAAUUGCCGAUCAGACAUUCAGACACAGCAUCAAAACAACUCAAGACCAUUGCGUCGUAAAAAAGUUAUUCACGGUGGUGAAGUGCGAUAAUAUGCUUAUUAUGUGUCUUAAAAAUAUAGUCACUUUUUAUUUAGAAGGCAUCUAAUCUAAUUUAUCUUAAUUUAAUCUAUAAACUAGUCUAACGUCUAAUCUAGUCUAAUCUAGUAAUCUAAUCUAAUCUAAUCUAAUGAGAUACUGCCAAAUAGCUUUUGCUAAUCUAGCUAAGGAAUAAUCACGCCCUUUCUACAUGUUAUAUGUAUGUAUUUGCUUCGAGUUUUAAUUGGUUCACUGGAUUUGUUGCCUCUUAUCUGCUGUUACUGAAAAACUUCAAAGGAAAACUCUCGACAGAAAAAUACAAUAAAAAUGGCGGGUAUCGCUGAGCUGUAAAUGAGGUUAUGCAACUUUUGACAAUUAGUCUGAAGAUUUACUUAAUUAUAUUUGCGAUUUUUUCGUUCUGUUUACAGAAAACUACCGUCUACAAGAAACUUAUGAAAAUCAUCUGAUUAUCAAGCUCGUCUCGGUAAGGCUUGUCCUUCCGCUAGUAUCUCACCAGACAAAUGAAUACUAUUGCAAUUCAAUGAAUUAAUCACUUAGAAAUAAUUAUAAAUCUACCGAUGAGCUUAUAGCCACAACCCGUUUAAUUGGCUGUUAAUCAAUCUACAUCAAAUAUUUUUUUGCAGUUCCAAUUCUUCAAUGCCUUUUUGGCGCUCUUUUACAUCGCCUUCUUUAUCCGGGACAUGGACAGACUAAAAACGGUGAGUUCGUCGCGGUGAAUGAUCAUACAAUGUGGAGUUCACAUCUUUAACAACCGUAGUGAUUGCGUUACCUCUUAAUGUCAUUCUCAGGAUCUUGAGGAAGACGUAAACUUAGAAGGACAGAUCUAUAAUAGAAACGCGCUGCCUGAUUGCUUUCAUAUUUCGUUUAUACGAACUCAUCAUCAUCACUGAGAAUUUUAGCAUAUAGAGUUUGUAUGCGCAGCCAAGAAUACAAGCAGUGGCGAGUCCAGGCCCCCGUUGCUCAAAAGGUUGAUAACGCUAUACAACGGAUGAAUCACCAUCCCCUGGAUAGCGCAAUUGGUUUCCCAAAUACUUAUCCGCUGGAUAGUGAUUUAUCCUGUGGAUAGCGCUAUCCAUGUUUUGAACAACUCGGGCCAGAACUUAAGUAAGUGGGAGGCUCCAGCUUACCCAUACCCUGAGAUAAGAGUGCGGCCUGCGCUCAAAAUUUCUUCCUCGGCCUUGUUGAGAGCCUCUUUUAGCCUAAUAAUAAUAGGGUAGAUCUACUCCUGACGAGAGCCUUCAGUUUCUACAAUUUGAUUUCCUCCAAGCUUGUUUGUUUCAAAGGGAAGCAAUCGUAGAAUAAUUUCUUUCUAAUAGCAACUGGCUGCACUACUGAUUACGAAACAAGUUGUCGGUAAUGUCAAGGAAGCAUUAGUUCCAUUCGUCAAGCAAAAAGUGAAGGAGUGGAAACUGAAGAAGCAGGAGGCCAAAGCAAAGAAGGAAUUAGAUGAGAAGGAAGGGAAGAGCAAGACAGGCUCAGGCGGAAAUGAGAAGACAGAUAAACCCAAGGAGCUGGAAACUCCACUAAUGAACCAGGCUGAAAUCGAGAGCACCAUGGCUGAGUAUGAGGUGAGAAAUAAUUGUUGAGAGGGAAGUUUAAUCAGUUAUGUACGAAAACAAAACGCGAAAAACAAAAGGCUAGGACGGAGAUUCUAACCCAGGCGGACCCGGUAACUAUGAAUAUCUUCAAGUCUCCAUUACCCCCCUCCCCACCCCUAAUUUUCAGUAUUCAGGUCGGUUUAAUUACCUUACGUAAUUACUUGCUUUCCUUUUUCGCUACUUUCACAUAGACCAUAACGUACCUUGUUUACUCCCCAGAAUUUUGCAUAACCAUCGUUUCCAAUUUCUCUUGGGUAUUACAGUCAUCCAAAGAGAAAUCCAAGACAAUGGUUAUGCAAAAAUUUGGGGGCUAAAAAAGGUGCGUUAUGGUCUAUGUGAAAAUGGUGAAUUCACAUUUUAGAUAUAUAGCACUUCCUUUGUUUCGCUAAGCUGUCAAGAGGCUAUCUCUGCCUUCCACCAUCAUGGGAAUAUCGAAUGAAAACUGUUUGGUAUUUGAUCCACUCCUUUAGGCUAACAACCCGGAGAGUUUUCGGACUCUGGAACCCUUGGCCUUUACCAAACCAUGCGCAUCUGCUAUUUUCCUUCCUUACGAGACUAGGCACCACUACUGUCUAUCCCAGACAAACUAUGAAGCAGAAAUUCUAAUUCUUCAUACUGCUGAUGAGUUUCCAAUAAAUGAUACUCUAUUCUAGACCAAAAACCUCUGAUCUCUAUACCCAUCCUACAGUAAAUGGCUAACUUCGUACCCUGCCCUUCACAGUAGCACUUAUUAACAAUUACUCCUCGAGACCGAAUGGGCUAUUGACUCAGAGGCCACGAGGGCGAGACGAAUAAUUGUUUUAGUAAAAUCCAGCUAGCUGGUCAAAAAUUUCGAGAAUAAAAAACUUUUAGGUAGUUAAAGCUAGACUUUAAUCCUUUUUUGCCGCCAAAAAGCCCGCACUUUUCGCCACUAGUGGGCUAUGACAUAUAGCCUAGUAGUAGCUCAACCAAUCAGAACGCAGCAUUGAUAAUAGACCACUAGCUGGAUUUUACUAAUCUCAUUUAGCCCAUAUAUGGAGGUGCGCCCCCCCCGCCUUUGCCACACAUCCGCUUUUAGACGCAUUUCAGACUGCGGGUUUAACCGAACCACUGCAUCUUUUUUUAACUCCUCUCUCUUACUAUUUACUUAAAAAAUAAGUAAAUCGUUGCUAUAAUUUUUAUAACCUGCUAUCUACAGGACACAUUUGAGGAUUACCUGGAGAUGUUCAUACAGUUCGGUUAUGUGGUCCUGUUCUCCUCCGCCUUCCCGCUUGCUGCUUUGUGUGCCUUGCUGAACAACAUCAUCGAGAUUAGAAGCGACGCCUUUAAAUUAUGCACCAACCUAAGGAGGCCAUUUGGAGAGAGGGUAGAAAACAUCGGCACCUGGCAGGUAAGUGGAACAAGCCAAAAAAAAAUGUCAUGGUGAGAUUUCCUGACAAUCCCGUGUAAUGCAUAGACUUCAAAAUUGACCUGACUGCCUCAUUAUUUGUUUCGCAAUACUAUUCAUUUUAGAAGCUAAAAUUGCAGAUAGCAACGUCGCGUUCAGCACGUUCGCUUUAACGUUCGCAUUUGAAGUUGCAUUGUCGUUUGCUAAUACUGCCUAUUCUAAAUCAAUCACAGGUACAAUAAUUUUAAAAGCUAUACUCAGAAUCAUAGUAAGUAGAGGAGACUGAUUGUGAAACAAACUGAUGAAAGGCGGCAAACAUCAAAGAUAAAAACAACGGUUCAUUGGUCCGCAAGAUCAAAGUGUUAGGAAUACUAUUGAACGUUCUGCACCGCCAGGUUUACAAAAACAUAUAUCAGACCAUUCUGACGGGUUUCAUAACCAUUCCACUCUAUUAAGUAUGUCAAAAUUUACGCCGAAAAAAGCUUACCUUAGCUAACGUCCUCUGUAGAACAACUACAGUCCAGUCUUUUUCUUUGUAAGGAUGCCAUGGAGGUCAUGGGUGUCAUUGCUGUGAUGGUGAACCUGGCUUUGCUGGGCAUGGGUGGCUCGGUCCAGCGGAUGUUCCCAAACAUGACAGUCACUGAUAGAAUCAUCCUCAUAGUCGUCUUAGAGGUUAGUUAACCUUAUUAAAAGGUGUUCAGUUUUACCUACUUCCUUGAUUCAAUAGAAGACCAAUUUUCGAGCAAUGGUAAUAAAGAAUAAGCAAGUUGCUUCUUUUGUUUUAAAACAAUAAACAAAAAAGAAGCUGACAACGAUAACAAAUGAUUAGUUCAGUAGACAUCUGUACUCUCAACAAAGCCAACUUGAUGAGCCUGUCAUACAAUUCGGAUAUUCAAGUCAUUCAAUAGGGUAUCAGGUCAAAAAACAAGUAGGCGAAAAAAGAAUCUUUCACCAGAGCAAAUUAGGAAUUUUUACAUACACUAGUGAACCCUAUCUACAACAGACAUCGUUUGGAAUGUUUGACCUUCACCAAGGAACCUUUCAGUAUAGGAGAGAAAUCCGCGUUGCAGUAAGUCAAAAAAAAUGCUGAGCUGAAGAACGACAGGGAAAAAACUACCGUAAACUCUAGAAAUAUCCCUUCCCUCAGCCCCCUUUCAAAUUAGCACCUCCUUUCGGCUACAAAUUUUAAACAAGCAAGCCCUUUCUCCACUCAAAAAAAAAAAAGAUUCGUGAGCGCCAACUCGAGCAUUUACGAAAAUAUGCAGGUGUCCGUUCUACUAAUAUUGGCCUUUUGGAGAGAGUAAACUACAAUGAAUGUAGUUUUUCCCGUUAGUUACAUGAUCAAGUCUAGACGCACGAAAUGCUUCCAUGUAACCUUCGUACGUUCAAGUUUUUCUUUUUAAAUAUUUCUUGUUUUUUAGCACCUUGUUCUUGGUAUCAAAUUCGCUGUGGCCUAUGCCAUUCCUGACAUACCAGAAUGGGUAGAGAAUGAAAUUGCCAAGAUGGAGUUCCAGCGCAGGGAGGCUCUUAAGGUAGGUUCACAUGAAAACAAAAACCAUCAUAUAUCCUUUAGUCCUCUGAGAUAUCAGUUUUUUGUGCGUAAGCAACUAAAACGCGGAUUUGAGGCUGAGUUGAGUCGCGUGACGUCAAGAAAAAAGGAUUUCAAUGAGAGGUUCGCUUCUUUGGCUUCUAAUUUUUUCUCACCUUCAAGAUAGUUGCCCACAAGAAAGAAUUUGAGAGGGAAUCUUAGGAAGUUAGGCGGGAUUUGUGAAUUUCAUUAAAGUUUUUUUAGAUGUUGUAGUUUAUCGGAAGUUUAAUUCUUGGAACGUCGGAAAAUUGUAAUCGAUUGUUAAAAAAAAAAAACAUCAAGUCCACGCGCGACUGCCGCAAGGCAAAAAAUGCAGAAUUUUGCAAUGGUGACUGUUGAAUUCUCUCUUGACAACAGUGAAUAACAGUUUGCGAACCUCUCCGGAAACCAACUUUAAUUAAUUCAAGCGUUUAAUUGGUAUAAAAAUAACAUUGGUGAAAUAGCCCAUAUCCCAAGGGCUAAACUGGGUGUUUUCCUAUCUGUCCCCUUAUUCUCUCUUGUUACCCACUAAUAAUUUACUACAGUCAUGCUGAAUUGAUUAUUCAUCGAAGGUAUUGAAAAAAAUAAAACUCAUUUUCACAAGAAAGGUUGUGCACUUGGCUUCAUUUUGAAAUUUAGGGGUUUUGGAACUCGGAAGUGGCCUUUUGUGGCAAAGGAAUUAUUAUUAUUUUUUUUUAAUUCCAGCCCUGUGAAACCAAUUACACUUCCCUGGCAUACGCAAGUCACUUUUCACAAUCCUUCUAACAAUACCUAUUAUAAUUGUUUUCAGGGUACUCCCAGUACUCCUAAGACUCCAAAGGACCCUAAAGCUCAUACACUAGUGUAGCUAGCAACAACAUCCGUUAAGCACCUACGCACUUGAAGAAUUCCAGGCGUUCAGAUAACAGGGAAGAUGUGAGGGAGCUGAGAGAAUGGAGCAGAAAAAGAAAACAGAGAGCAACUAAAGACCAGCAACAGUCUAAACCUAAAGCGCUCCCCCUCCCCCGCCCACUGCCCCCUCUUCCAUUUUUCUCUUUAUUUCCCGACUUCCGCUUUCCAUAACGCUUCACUCUACAUUAUCCGAACGCCUGGAAUAGGCUUUGUCCAAACUGAGGUACAUCAUAGGCUUAAGGUGAUUUGGGGCCCACUCUCGGGAGGUACAUUUUGAUCAUCGAAGAAACUUAGACUUGUUCAUUGAAGACGAACAUUUUAUAUCGACACUUCUCACCAAAUAAACAAACCGUUAAAGUAACCAUGAACACUUGCUUUUAAACGACCAGUAGAAAGCACACACCAAUGUACUGUUACAAAGCCCUUUAACAAUGUAACUGUCGACUAACAAAUCUCAUCAAUGUAAACUAACCAUAAACACGCCAAAGAAAAAGGAUUACUAGAAAGAACUACGAAUUUAAAAAGUAUAAUUUAAUGAGUAACCGAUAACUUACACAUACAUUACAUUAAAAAAAUCAGACAACAACGACAAAAACCUGUGUUAAGAAACAGGAAGCGGGAAAAAACAAUCCGAAACUAAUAUAAUGAUGACCAACUUGCCCUUUUAUAUAGCUAUUUUGCAACAUUUAUUAACCUGUACAGCAACCAAAUACACAGACGACCACGAUAAAUUAUUACACUAUUUUUUAAAUAAUAAAUUCCAAGCGGAAUGUUGGUAGAUCUGAUAUAUCUGAGUCUGUUCUUAAGAAAAGACCAGAAGCUCCAAAUGUUAUGCUUUGACAGAAGAUGCCGCCGGGAAAAAAAAGGCGCUUUGACGAAACUUUGAUUAACAAGAACUGAAGAAACGAAUACAUUGAAAGUAACGAACAACGAGAAACAAC